GGGUACUAUUACAGGGUUUACGAUGCCGCCUACGAAUUCUACUACCUCAGCCCGCCGCAGUCGGAGAACGAUUGCAUGUCAAAGGUGUCGCCAACGGAAAGUACGGUGCAGCUUGAAUGUCACCGGGGCUCCAUGUAUCGGCUGCACACAGGACCGUACCCAAUGUAUAGUCCCAACCAGGCGAGGACAGAAACCUGAGCGACACGGUGGGCCGGUUCUCCUUGCAAGCCCUCAGAGUCCGAAUCAGCAGACACCAGCACGUAGAGUGGAGCCCCCAGCGUUCCAAGUGCAGCCACAUGUGUCUCUAGGCGCGGAUGCCACUGCAGCUCGCGAAGCGCAUGAUAUCGAAGAUGAAGAGCGAAACGGUGAUGAAAUUGCAGCGGCCGCUUUAGGGCAACCGCGAAGGGUGGGCGAAGUGCCCUUCUAUACAGGAGACCGAACUGGGCCUGUAUCUACUCUGGAUAUCUGCUCGCCGGAUCACUCCUUGCCAAGACACUGUCUAAUCCCAUCGAAUAACCAGACUACCCUGUCAGACGAUGAUCGGGACUACCUCCAAAAGAAAGGGGUCUUCAACCUACCUAAGCCCGACACUUGUGAGAGCCUGCUUCGUGCAUAUUUCUAUCAUGUCCAUCCAAUCAUGCCAGUGAUUGAAGUGGGCUCCAUUUUGAACUAUCAAGAUCAAGGCCGGCUUGGUGACUGUAAUAUUCUACUACUGUGGAGCGUAUUUUUCGUUGCAGUCAAUUUCGUGUCUUCGCAUAUCUAUGAGCAAGAAGGUUAUGUCUCUCGGAAGGAAAUGAAAGCCACUAUGUACUCACGUGCGAAGUGCAUGUACGAUAACGGCGGGGAGAGAAACAAGGUCACACUUCUGCAAGCCUCCCUGCUGUUGGGAUUUUGGCACUCGGAGCAAGACGAACACAUGCAACCUUGGUACUGGACCGGAAUUGCAAUUAACCUUUGCCAAAUGCUGGGUUUACACCGCGAUCCGGAUUCCUUGAGGUAUAAUUCAUCUAUCACAGAUUGUCAGAGACGUUUGUGGCGCCGUCUGUGGUGGACCUGCUUCUUCCGCGAUCGCUGGCUUGGCCUUACUCUUGGUAGACCACUGAGAAUCAAUCUGGACGACUGUGACCUGCCUAUGUCCGUACCGGCGGACCUACUCAGCGAGCUUGAGAGCAUACCUGAAGCCACUGAUGCGUCGUAUAUUCCCCAGGAGUUUCGGAAAUUGGCUGAGUUCUGGGUUAUUUUAAUUGAACUGAGCAAGCUCUUGGGUAAGGUUCUGCUGCUGAAAAGCCAAUCCGUGAAGUCAAAGUCCUCGAUCAAUCAGAUCAAUGCUCUUGAAGCACAGAUUACGCGAUGCAGAUUGUCAGACCAAGAUGAGCAUGGCCUGACUCCUUUGGCAAAGUUUUAUGCACAUCAUGUUCAUCUGCAUUACCAGUUAAGACUGUUCCUCCCCCUUAGCAUUGUCAGCACUAAUACCACGACCAUAGGGCGCUUUUGAUCACACUAUACCGUCCCUGCGGAAUCGAACAUACUGAGAGCCUCGCUCUAAGCCAACAAGAAGUUGAGCAGCAACGCCUGCAGUCAAAGGCCGAUGCUGCGGCAUCAAAGUCAACCGAGAUCCUUGACAUUCUUGUUCGAGAAAAUCUGCUGGAAUAUGUAGGGCCAAUGACACCCGCCCUCUUAGUCCCGGUUAUGCAAACCCACCUUCUCAAUUGUAAAUAUGGCAACCCACUUUCGAGACGUUUCAGCUUCAACAAGCUCGAUAUGUGCAUGGGAGUCCUAGAAGAAUUACAGAAAACCUAUACAGUAGCGUCUUUAUUUCGUGGGAUUUUCAUAAAAGCUUUGCAGCAAAUAUUUCCAACAUAUGCCGCGAGCUCGCCGCUAUCACAUCGGCCUGGUGCCUCUACAGGUGCUGAUCCGGUUGGGCCUCACUCAGAUACUGGUCCUGUUGAAACAGCCAGUGGAGAAUGUAAUCCAAAGAUUAGUGACGGGAUUGAUUCAUCUAUGCCUGCUGGCUUUAUCGAUGCGUUGAUAGAUGAGAAUUCGAUCUUCGACUUUUUAGAUACAUGGAAUGAAG